GGAUAUUAUUCCAACAUGAUGAUGGAUGAAACCAAUCUAGGUGAUUUUGAUAAUUAUGGCAACACCUAUGCUGACCAACAAUCACAGGCAACGCAAGUUGGUCCAGCUGCCCCCUCCGUGAGGCCAAACCAUAAGAGAUCAAAGAAUUUCAGUGACCACGAAGAUGAGGUUUUGGUUUCAAGCUGGCUGAAUAUAAGCUUGGAUCCAGUCGUAGGCAAAGAUCAAAAGGGUGGCAGGUAUUGGUCUCGUAUCUAUGAGUACUUUCAUGAACACAAGACAUGCUCCUCAAAGCGUACCAUUAAUUCUCUCAUGCACCGGUGGGAGACCAUACAAAAAUGUGUGAACAAGUUUUGUGGAUGUCUAACACGGAUUGAGUUAAGACGUCAGAGUGGUACUACAAUGCAAGACAAGGUUGCAGAGGCAUGUGCCUUGUACAAGUCUGAAGAUGAACAUGGCAAAGCAUUUCAGUUCAUGCAUUGCUGGAAUAAGCUGAGAACACAACCAAAAUGGCUUGCUAAAAUUGAUGAAUUUGCUGCUGGUAAAACAUUUAACAAGAAGCAGAAGACAAGCUCUACUGCUGAUCCGAGUGCAGCUUUACCAAGUGAAACAGAACCAGGUGCAGUUGAAGGCCUGGAGGCUUGUGCAUUGACAAGGCCAAUAGGUAAGAAGGCAAAAGCAGCAUUGCUGCAAGAGAAGAAAAAAAGUGUGACAGCAACCUUAGAAAAUAUGUGGGCACAGAAGAAAGAAACUGAUGGGGAGAAAGAGCUAAAGAAAGAAGAGAGGUUCAAUAAAGCAUUUGCUCUUGAACAGGAUCGAGUUGCAAAUGAAAAACUACUUCUCCAAGUGAGGAGUCAGGAGGUUGAGGUGAGGAGUCAGGAGGUCCAGUUGCAGAAAAAGAGGGAUGAAGAGAGGAUUAUGACCAUGGAAUUAAAAAGUGUACGCCUCAUUCGAAACCUGAAAUUAAAAAGUGAUGAGACACAUAUAAUGGAUUUAUAAAAAAAUGAUCCAAAUAAUUCUAUUGUUUACAUACCUUCGUCUAAAAUAACUAUGUCCGUAUGUUGGAUCAUCUG